UUCCCACUCCAAUCCCCUCAAGCCCUCAGUCGAACACCAUGCUCCUCCUCAAGCUCGGCGCCCUCCUCGCCCUCGCGCAGACCCUCACCGCGACGGAGAUCAAGAUCCGGACGACCAACCCACCGGCCAACUCGUACGUCUCGCACUGCUCGGUGAUCCUCGAGGACGAGCUGUUCGGCUGCAAGGGCUCGUCGAAGCCGUUCAAGAAGUCGUGCGGCCGCAACAAAGGCGUCGAGACCAAGUCCAUCUGCGGCGACGCCUCGGUCACGGUGGAUUGGUACAGUGCCGUGCUGACCUUCGAGAGCGCCGAUGGCCGCACCGCCAACUGCACGCUGAGCUCAACCGAGACCGAGGGCCACUGCAACACGGACGACCCGGACGCCUUUGCCGUGGAGCACAACGGGGCCGGACGAUUGCUGGGCGCGCGCACGGCGCUUUGGGGGGUGGCGCCUGUUGUUGUGGGGUUGUUACUUUGAGGUGUUAACCUGGGAUACUAUGUGGGUGAAAUGGUAAGGUCGUCUGUUUUUUUGGGUUUGAGUGUGGGAUUCAGGCUGAUGAGUAGAGUUGUCAGGGCCUGUGUAUAACGGCAACCGCAGUGUCUGCGGAAAAGUUAGGCAAUUUCAUCAAGGAUAGGACCAGGAGUAGGGUGACUCAGGCCUCAACAGGACAACCAGCUU